GCCAACUAGUAUAAAUUGGAGGGUUUGGGGUAUAGUUUGAAACCCUAGAAAAACAUUUUCCUUCUCUUUUAUAUUUGUUCUUAGAAAUCUCUCUUGCAAAGAGCCCGUCAAAAAGAGAGUGGGAAACCAGAAGGGGCUUAAAAGAAACCCUAAAAUAAGUAAUUAUUUAAGGCAAGAACAAAAGGUACGGUCGAGAAGAGAAAAGACAAGGAAAUUCUGAGAGGCAAAUAGAGUCUCAUCAAAACCUCAUUCUAUUACACAGUAAAAAAUUUAUUAAAAAGAAAAAUCAGAAGAUGCAUUCAAGCAUGUAUAAUGAUCACCUUAAAUUUAGGUAUAAUCUCAGAGAAAGGUCGAGUAGCAUGAAGCAACUCCAUUUAGGGAAAAUGGCAUCAAAGGGUCUUGAUUGGUCACAAUCUUCUUCUUUUGGGAAUCAUAGCCACUUGGACAAUUCUAUAUUAAGUGUUGACAAAAAUUUGCGUGAAUGUAGUGACUUUACAACUUCAAGUCUAAUGUUCAAUUAUAAUGUUGACAUACAAGUUCCUAUUGGGCCACUUUUUCAAGCUGAAGUACUAGAGUGGACGGGGGUAGCUUUAGAAAGUGAUGCGAAAUGGUUGGGGACUCUUAUUUGGCCAUUGGAAAAAAAGGAAAAUAGUUUUUUGAUUGAAAUGGACCGAAUUGGAAAAGGAAGACAAGAUUCAUGUGCUUGUCAAAUUCAAAAUUCUCUACAAUGUGUAAAAUUUCAUGUUGCUGAGAAAAGGUUGGAAGUAAAGCGCGAGUUGGGACUAGCUUUCAACCAAUGGAAAUUUGAUAAGAUGGGUGAAGAAGUUGCAUUUGGUUGGAAUGAGAAAGAAAAAGAUAUGUUUUCAUCAAUAGUGAAGUCGAAUCCUCCAUUAGGAAAAUGUUUUUGGGAUGAGAUAUACAAGCAUUUUUAUGACAAAAGUAGGGAAGAACUUGUUUGCUAUUAUUUCAAUGCCUUUCUUUUACAACAUAGAGCGUACCAGAAUCGAAUCGCUCCCAAUAGCAUUACCCACGAUGAUGAAGAAGUUGUAUUAGGACCAGAAUCAAUUGGUAAAGGCAUUGGGCCUAAAUCUUACACUUCCAUCUUAAUUCCUUUAAGGAAGUUACAAAAGAAGUCAAAAGAUGCUCUUCCUCAAUUUAGUACGGAGCACUUUGACAAAAGAUGGAAAAGUGGAAGUCUGUUUAAAGAGAUAUCUGGAAACAGAUCUUCUAAUGGUGAAGAUUUUGUUUUAUGCAACAAUUUAAAAAGGAAGAAUCGAAAAAUUGAUCACACCUUUUAUCUCUAGUAGUUAGAUGCUUUUGAAGAUUUUUGGUCCAUGCUUUUUUGUUUUCAAGCGCUCUCUCUCUAUGUCAUGUCCUUUUUCAUUACUUGUAAACUUCAUAUGUAUUUUUGUCAUAUUUUUCUUCAUUAAGCUUUUAAACGAAAAUUUAUGCCUUUUAGUGUGUGUUUAACAUUGCUUUUAGUUGCUCAAAAGUACUUUUUUACGAUAAAAGCAAUGCUUAUCAAAAGGUUUUUCUUUUCCAUCAAGUGCAUUUUAGAGCCAAACAAAGGAGCUAGGUGCUUAUUAAAACAAAUUUUCAAUCUAUUUCUAAGUAGUCCCAAAAGUGCGGUUAGCAUUGUUUUUGGUUGUUAAUAAGUACUUUUUAAUAGCAAAAGCAAUGCUAAAUAAAGGGUUUUUGUUGUUCAAAGGUGCUUAGAACCAAACCAGGAAGUUGCUUAUUGAGGCAAUAUUCUUUAUUGUGAAGAACACUUGGCUUUUAGGAUUAAAAUUGUAGUCAAAAAGUAUUUUUUCACCCAAAUGCAAAAGCUUGAAAUUAGGUGUUUUUAACUUUUGUAUUUGGAAGUGAAAGUUAUCAAAAUACUCUUAUUUAUAUUAACUAUUUAAAAUAUGUAUAAAAAUUAAUUUUAUAAAUAAUUCAAACAUUUUAAUACUUUGAUGGGAUCCGAUUGUUCGCUAGAGAAACAAUCCUUAUUUAUGUGCUUCCAUAUUUGUCGGAUUAUGAUAACUUUUUUCUUCACAAGAUCCAGUUCAUUUUGUUGGCAGUCUAGUUUAGUAACCACUGUAUGACCCAUUCCAUGUAUUGUGGAAUGAUAACUCUAUCAACUCGUAUGCCAUGAUUUGACCCAAAUUAGGUUGCAAGUGCAAAUGUGCGUGCACGAAAUAGAUGGUCUAUAGUUUCCUGCUCAACAUGGCAUAACGAGCAUAUGUUGUUAAUGUUCGUUAUCUUUUGUAUUAUUUUUUAUUUAAUUGGAAGGAAA